UGAACCAAAGGGAGGAAAAAUUCACUUUUCCGUGCGCUACACAUUUGGCGGGAAUAGAGAGCGAGAGAGAUGGCGAACAAGGUGAUCUCUCAAAUGGGUCUACCAAAAUCAAUAGCUAACAUUUUUGCAGCUCGUAAUAUCCUAACAUCCAAGGAUGCUUUGUCAUUAACUGAAUUCGAUUUGAUGGAAUUGUUAGAUGUGGGUAUGAGUGAUGUUAAUUCCGCGGUAACACACAUUAGUGAAAUGACAUGUCCACCAUAUCAGACUGCUUUUUCGUUGAUGAAGGAACACGUCCAAAAUGAGUACUUGGCUGGUCAUUUACCCACACGGUUAAAAGGGUUAGAUGAAGCCUUGUGUGGUGGAGUACCAUUUGGUGCUUUGACCGAACUUGUUGGCCCUGCUGGGAUUGGCAAAACACAAUUCUGUAUGAAGCUAGCGUUAUUGGCUGCUCUACCAACAGCUUGUGGUGGCUUAAAUGGCCGAGCAAUAUAUAUUGACGUGGAGUCAAAGUUUAGUUCAAGAAGAUUGAUAGAGAUUGGAGCAGAAAGUUUCCCAGAAGUCUUUCAAUUGGAAAGAAUGGCACAGGAGAUGGCUGGCAGGAUACUUGUUUUACGACCUACAUCAUUCACUGAGUUCACUGAGAGCUUGCAGCAAGUCAAGCUGUCGAUUCUCCAAAAUCAGAUUAAGUUGCUCAUUAUUGAUAGCAUGGCUGGCUUUGUUUCAGGUGAAAAUGACAGAGAUGUGAAAGCUCCUAAGCAGCAUUCCCUAGGUUGGCACAUUUCCUUCAUCAAGUCACUAGCAGAGGUCUCACGGAUUCCUAUUAUUGUGACCAACCAAGUGCGAUCCCAGAACUGUGAUGAAUUAGUCCAGUAUCCUUUCCAAGCGGAGAACAAUCAUGAAAUCGUGAAAGAUCCGGAGAGGCUUAAUUCCCACCUUGUUGCUGCGCUUGGGAUUCACUGGGCCCAUGCGGUGACCAUUCGUUUAGUGCUUGAAUCUGAUUCAGGUCAGAGAUAUAUUAAGGUGGCAAAGUCUCCCAUUUCUCCACCUCUUGCAUUUCCAUUUAUCAUCACCUCAUCGGGGAUUUCCUUAAUAAGCGAUAAUGGUAUAGAAGUGAAAGGACCAGAGAUACACUCAAUUCAUUGUCAAGGCUUUGAUGACUUUUUAACAUCAGUUGGCCCAAGUUACAACGGUUAAAAUGAAAACAGGUAUGUUUUCUGUAAUAUAUGUUCAAAAUGAACUUAUACUGAUGUGUACUCCUUAGGUUCAAUAUUAAUUGUUAAGCAGAUUACUCGAGAGUGUACUAUUUCUCUUCAACAACUUGAUUUCUUCUUACUGUAAUGUACUUCAUAUAUCUAAAUUCAGAUUAGUAUUUCAA